AUGGGAAAACGGUCGGCUUGGGUACCGGCUGACCCGGGGAUCGGUGCUCUCACUAUUAUCCAGCUCGUCCUCACACAUAUCAUCUGCAAUAUCCAGCCGGUUGCCAGCCUUCCCUGUUCAUAUCAGAAUCCACGGGUUGAAGACGUCCUCUUUGAAGUGCCGAUUGGAUAUACUAGCUCAAAGGAUAAACACAGGAAAAUCCGUUCAACUAUUCCCACAAAAUUCCAUUCAUUACGUAUCCAUCUACAUUAUGACGACAGUGUUCUGGAAUUAGAACCCGAAAAACAGCUAUACAUCAACUCUUCGUUGCUGCCGGAGGCUGCUGGUUUUUGGGAGCGUGCAUUACGCGUAAGACGGGCGGAAGGGCCAAUCAAAUUACGGAGGAAGUGCUUGACCCAGCACUACUAUUUUAGACCUGACCAGAAGACUGUGGCAUGUGAAUUGGGCUGCAAAGAGCAAACAACUUGUGGAGAAGCGUUUAUACCACCCGAACACUUAUUGGAAUGUCAAUUUUGCUCAAAUCCUGAUGCUUGUGCAACUUUGGGAUCAGCCGGCGAAGGGGUUGAGGGCGCUGAUUUUAUUCUUUAUGUAGCCGCAAAGCAUACGAAAAGGUGCGAAAAUGCCGACACUCUAGCGUAUGCGGCGCAUUGUCAGCAAGAACAGACCUACGACAGACCUAUCGCUGGACAUGUUAACCUAUGCCCAUCGGCCCUUUCCACCCAAUCACACGAUCAAGAGUUGUUGAUAUCUACCGUAAAACACGAAAUGGUACAUGCCCUUGGGUUCUCGGCUGGUCUUUUUGCGUUCUUCAGGGAUGAGCAGGGACGACCACGAACUAAAAGGAACCGAUAUGGAAAGCCAUUACAUCUAAACGCCGAGUCUGGCUAUUAUGAAUGGGACGAAUCAACAAUUGCUAAGAUUCCCCGGCCAGACUGGUGGACUUCACAGGGGAAUUUACUACACGAAGUAACAAUGAUGGUUACCCCUCGAGUUCGCGACGAGGCGCGCAAACACUUUGGUUGCCCUAGUCUCGAGGGUGCAGAACUGGAGAACCAAGGUGGUGAAGGGACUGCACUUACGCACUGGGAGAAGCGAUUGUUUGAGAAUGAGGCAAUGACCGGAACACAUACGCAAAACCCGGUAUAUUCCCGGCUUACCCUCGCUCUGCUUGAGGAUUCCGGAUGGUAUCGCCCGAAUUACGAUGUGGCAGAAUCCCUCUACUGGGGACAAGAUCUGGGUUGUGAUUUUGUGAAGAAAAGCUGUGGGGACUGGAUUCGGCAACGCAAGGAUGGGAAUUCCGGCGCCUAUCCCUUUUGCGAGCACAUCAAACACGAUGGCAAAAAAUCCCUAGCUGUCACACGCUGUACCUCUCAACGUGAUUCAUUGGCGCUAUGCAAUUUGGUGCCCUAUAAAAAGGAAUUGCCGAAAGUGGAAGUUCGCGAAGAGAUUCACGAUGUGAAUUGGUUGAAAAUCAAGAAGGCACUGAUGGUACUAUGGAGAUAUACGGUCACACGUCCCGCUGCUUUAAUCUGCAUCGCCCGUGGACCGAAAGGAGGUGUGGAAAAAUCCGUAGUUUCUCCCAAUACAUGGCUGGAUGUUAUUUGCAUUCAUGUACAAACGGCACGCUCCAUGUUGGUAUUGAGGGCACCGAAAAGCUGUACCCCUGCUACCGCGCUGGGCAGAAAAUACAAAUUCGACAGAUGCGAGGUGGCUGGCUACGUGAAGGUGUUC